AUGUCGCUGGUCGUACGAGGCAGCUUCGGGGUUUCUUUUUCUUUUCAUUUCUCUUUCUUUCUUUCUUUCUUAUUUCUCUCUUUUUCUUUUUCAUUUCUCUCUCUUUCUUUUCAUUUCUUUCUUUCUAUUCAUUUCUCUCUCUUUCAUUUCAUUUCUCAUUUUUCCUUUCUCUCUCUCGUUCUUUUCAUUUCUCUUUCUUUCUUUUCAUUUCUUUCUUUCUUUUUCUUUCUUUCUUUCUUUUCAUUUCUCCUUCUUUCUUUUCUAUUCUUUUCUCUCUCUCUUUUCAUUUUUCUUUCUUUCCUUUCUUUUCAUUUCUCUCUCUUUUCAUUUCUAUCUCUUUUUUCAUAUCUCUCUCUUUCCUUUCAUUUCUCUCUUUCUUUUCAUUUCUCUUUCUUUAUUUUCAUUUCUCUUUCUUUUCAUUUCUCCUUCUAUUUUUUCUUUUCUUUUAUCUCUCUAUUCAUUUCUCUUUCUUUCUUUUCAUUUCCCUUUCUUUCCUUUCAUUUCUCUCUCUUUUUUAAUGUCUCUCUCUUUCUUUUCAUUUCUUUUUCUUUCUUUACAUUUGUCUCUGUUACUUUUCAUUUCUCUUUCUUUCUUUUCUUUUCAUUUCUCGCUCUUUUCAUUUCCCUUUCUUUCUUUUCAUUUCUUUCUUUUUCAUUUCUUUCUUUUUCAUUUCUCUUUCUUUCUUUCUUUUCAUUUCUCGUUCUUUUCAUUUUUCUCUUUCUUUUCAUUUCUCUUUCUUUCUUUUCAUUUCUCUCUCUUUUCAUUUCUCUCUUUCUUUUCAUUUCUUUUCUCACUCUUUUCAUCUCUCUUACUUUCUGUAUAUUAAUCUCUCUUUCAUUUCUCUUUCUUUUCUUUUCAUUUCUUUCUCUUUUCAUUUCUCUUUUUUCAUCUCUCUUUCUUUUCAUUUCUCUUUCUUUCUUUUCAUUUCUCUUUCUUUUCAUUUUACUUUCUUUUCUUUUCUCUCUCUAUUCAUUUCUCUUUCUUUCUUUUCAUUUUUCUCUGUUUAUUUUCAUUUCGCUUUCUUUUCUUUCCAUUUCUCUCAAUUUUCUUUUCUUUUCUCUCUCUUUCUUUUUAUUUCUUUUUAAUUCUUUUUCUUUUCAUUUUUCUCUCUUUUCAUUUAUCUUUCUUUCUUUUCAUUUCUUUUUCUUUCUUUUUAUUUCUCUUUCUUUCUUUUCAUUUCUUUUUCUUUCUUUUCUUUUUGUUUCUCUUUCUUUCUUUUCAUUUCUCUUUCUUUCUUUUCAUUUCUUUUUCUUUCUUUUCUUUUCGUUUCUCUUUCUUUCUUUUCAUUUCUUUUUCUUUCUUUUCUUUUCAUUUCUCUUUCUUUUUUAUUUCUCUAUCUUUCUUUUCAUUUCUUUUUCUUUCUUUUCUUAUCAUUUCUCUUUUUCUUUUCCUUUCUUUCUUUUCUUUUCAUUUCUUUUUUUCUUUUCCUUUCUCUCUCUUUCUUUUCAUUUCUCUUUCUUUUCUUUUCUCUCUCUUUUCAUUGCUCUUCCUUUCUUUUCAUUUCUCUCCCUUUUCAUUGCUCUUCCUUUCUUUUCAUUUCUCUUUCUUCCUUUUUCUUUCUCUCUUUCUUUUCAUUUGUUGUUCUUUCUUUUCAUUUUUCUCUCAUUCAUUUCAUUUCUUUUUUUCAUUUCUCUCUCUUUCUUUUCAUUUUUCUGUUUCUUUCGUUUUUUUUCUAUCGUGUCCUUUUUCUUUCUUUCUUUCUUUCUUUCUUUCUUUCUUUUGUACGUCUUUCUUUCCUACUUUCUUCUUUCUUUUUCCUCGUGUUCUUUUGUUCUUUGCUUUUCUUUCUUUCUUUCUUUCUUUCUUUCGUCUUUUCUUUUCUUUCUGUCUCUCUAUUUUCUCAUGUUUUCACUCACUUUCUUUUUUCGGGUUCUUUUUCUUUCUUUCUUUCUUUCUUUCCUAAUUUCUUCUUUCUUUUUCUCGUGUUCUUUGUAUUUCUUUCCUUCUUUCGCCUUUCCUUUUUUUCUCGUGUUCUUUGUCUUUCUUUCUUUCUUUCUUUCUUUCGUUUAUCUUUUUUUUCUCGUGCUCUUUGUCUUAAAGUAA